GCAUCAAUGUUUCGAAUGUGACCGACCUGAUUCUGGCCCCUCGUACGACCUACGUAUCGUACCGCCUCCGCUGUACUGACCGUCGAGAUGGGUAUAUGAACCCAUCAGAUUCCUUCAUGCUACUUCUUUCCUUUUCCACAGGGAUAAAAUCGACUCCCAUCAGCUUCCGACAUCAGUAUCUUCUGUCGCCUUCUCCCACACCACUACAAUGGCUUCCAGCAAAGGCGCUUCCAUGGGAAGAAACUCUGGCAUCCUCGGCCUCGUCGUCGCGCUCAUCGCCGUCGUCAUCAGUCUCGUCUGCAGUACGGUCUACCUCCAACGCGAUGCCGAGAUGCUGCAAAAGUCCAACACAAUCUUGGAAAAAUUGAACUCUACCAACUGUGUCAGCACUGUCACCGUCACCGAAGUAACCACCAAGCCCACCGGUACGCUGUCCGUCUCGGAUGCGAACGAUAACGACUGGGACACGGAGUAUGAGACAGCCUACGAAGAAGAUCCCCCCGAGUACGAUUACGAGUAUGAUUCGGAGAACCCAUACGACUCGUCGUACAAGUAUGACUCGGAGUAUGAGGAUGAACAGCAGUCCGAGUGGGAGAGAAUCCGAGAGGUGUUUCCUCCUCCGUCUAGUGGGGAUGCUGCUUGGCCAGAGAUUACCACAGAGUAGAAAUACUCAGAGACCAUGUUGAUUUUGGGGGUCGAAGGGGUCGGAUCGACGUCCUGAAUGUCCGACGAGCUUUUGUAAAUCUUGUUUGCUACCGUCGUGUCUGAACCUGUAGAAAAUCCUUGAAUAAAAAAUCCUCAACUUCGGGUACUCGAACAUCUUGUGAAGCACUUGGUAUCAACCUUUGUGUCGCUGGUUUGAUCUGAGCUAACAAGAGAGUUGUUUCUCCCGAAAUGCGGUUUCGGUCGAACGCCCUCGAACGCUCUCGCCAUUCUACGCAUCCAAGGAUUUCUCAAAGAAACCAAGUCAUAUAUUCCGCAUAGCAGUUCACGUUCCAGCACCAUUCGUCAGCUGCUAUGGAAGUUCAGUGCCGUCGCUGCCGUAAGAAUGUAUAAG